GGAGGGGUGGCAACGCGAGCCAGGAUUCCGUACAUUGAGUGAGCCAAUCAUAUGGGAAAAGGAUGUUCCGAUCACCAUGCGAGACGGGACAACCCUGCGUGGUGAUAUUUUCCGCCCGCUGGCCAAAGAUGGAGUUCCGCUACCCGCGCUUCUGCCGUGGAGUCCGUACGGGAAAACGGGAAGUGGCCACCAUCAGACAACCAGCUUUACCUGGUUAGGCGUACCCAAAAGCUCCUUGAGCGGGCUCGAAAAGUUCGAGGCACCGGAUCCAGCGGAGUGGUGUCCCCGUGGUUACGUCGUCGUUAAUGUUGAUGCACGGGGAUGUUUCGAUUCCGAGGGUGAUAUAUUCAUCUUCGGUACGCAGGAGGGUCGAGAUGGGCACGACACCAUCGAGUGGAUUGCCGAGCAGUCUUGGUGCGAUGGGAAUGUGGCGCUUGUAGGAAAUUCAUGGCUGGCUAUUACUCAGUGGUUUAUUGCGGCUGAGAAGCCCCCGCAUCUGAAGGCCAUAGCUCCAUGGGAAGGACUAGGCGAUUUCUAUCGUGAGAGUAUCUGUCGUGGAGGCAUUCCCAAUACUAUGUUCUGGGAGCUCCUCUUGAAGGAGUUCAAUGGAAGAGCUCAAAGAGAGGAUGUUGCUACAAUGAUCAAGAAGUAUCCGUUCAUGAAUGCAUAUUGGGAAGACAAGAGACCUCGACUUCAAGAUAUCAAAAUCCCUAUGUAUAUCCUUGCUAGCUAUUCAACAGGCUUGCACACUGAAGGGUCAUUGCGCGCGUGGAAGUAUGCAGGCUCCGAUCAGAAAUGGCUAAGGAUUCAUCCCACCCAGGAGUGGUUUGACAUUUACCAGCCACUAGCUAACGACGAUUUGCAACGCUUUUUGGACCACUUUCUUCUCGGAAAAAAUAACGGCUGGCAGUUCACACCCAAGGUUCGCCUCUCUUUACUGAGAUAUAACAAGUCUCCGAUCACUUUUCGCGCGGAAGACAGAUACCCUCCUUCACGGGUGCAGUAUAGAACAUUCUAUCUCGAUGCGGGUGGGCAGAAUGGAAGUGUUGCAGGGACAUUGCUACCUGAACCACUCACCGAUGACGCCUCUGCCUCCUAUCAAUCCGACAUGUGGGAAGAUGACGGGGCGCACUUUACCCUGACCUUUACUGAGACUACUGAAUUGAUAGGCAGCUCACAGGUCAAGCUCUACAUGUCCUGUCAAGAUUUGGAUGACAUGGACGUAUACGUGAUUAUCCGGAAGCUAGAUCGUGCUGGUAAUGCAUUGCUCAACUACAACAUCCCCUUUGAGCAUCAGAAACCUGGAACAACUCCCGACAUGAUCCCAGAUGAAAAUAUCUACAAAUAUGUUGGACCAAGUGGACGGCUCCGGGCUUCUAAGCGAGCAGCCACAACCGAGGAGCCCGAUAUGCUUGAAAGUAGAAAGGAGAAUCAAGAGCCGACAGAACUUUUCUUCCCUCAUGACAAAUCGGAAAAGAUAUCUUCUGGAGAGGUUGUGGAGCUCAGGAUUCCCAUUUGGGCUGGGGGUAUUGUAUUCGAUGAAGGUGAGUCCUUGAGGUUGGAAAUCAAGGGGCAUGACCCCAUUCUCCCCGAGUACCCAGCCUUGAGGAAGGGCCCAAAAAACCUUAAUAGAGGCCGACAUGUGGUGUAUACUGGAGGAAAAUAUCCGUCAUCUUUGAUUGUUCCAUUGACGAGCGUGUGAUGGACGUGGAUGAGUAUGAAUAUGCUGCU